AUGGAAUUAAAUUUUGUUACCCCCCGACAUGAUACGGUUAGGAUAGGUCUUGUUAAACACACAGGAAUAGUGGGCCGUACCAUAACAGAGAAACAAAGUGACCAGACGGAUUAUUCGCAGAUGUCAUCAUCACCAAGUAAUACUCAGAUAUCAGUGUUUUCUAAUGGUUAUGAAGAUUAUGAUGCCCGUAUUAGAGAGAUUGAAGCGUACUAUAUAAAGACCUUGUUGUCCGAUGACUAUGGUUCUGAGGCGGUAACGAGUGAGGAAAGCUUGUCGGUGACGAAGCCAACACUACAAAAUGAAUUUUUGGGUAUGCAAAGAUCAUGGUCUCAGGUUAAUAAUGAAAUCCAGCCAUUUAGUCAGGGGUUGGCUUCAUCUGUUUCUAAUUUUGAAGUCGAGAUAAAUCCGCAAUAUCGGCCUUUGAACGGUAUUUUACCGCUUACAACAGAAAACCUGGAAAGUUUGCAGAGACCAGUAACGAAAGAUGUUACACCUCCACCAAAGAAGCAUGCGCAUCAACCCCAAGAGAAAAUUAAUAAGGUUCUUUAUAAAACCGAGCUUUGUGAAUCAUUCUCGACUACCGGUUUCUGCAAAUAUAACGAAAAAUGCCAAUUUGCUCAUGGUUUACAGGAACUGAAAUUCAAAGAGCGAUCUAAUAAGUUCAGGACCCGGCCUUGUUUAAACUGGAUGAAGACCGGCUAUUGUAGAUAUGGCGCACGUUGUUGCUUUAAACACGGUAAUGAUAAUGACAUCAAAAUUUACUUGGAAGCAGGCCUGAUCAAGUUAAAUGGUGACAAAGCCGUAGCGGCAGAAGCUGGAAAUGCUGGAAAUGCUGGAAAUGCUGGCAAGAAGCGGAACUUGCAUGCCAAUGUGAAUAUUUUACAGAAAAUGGCAUGGUAA